CAACCGCUAUAAAUUGAAGGCACCCAUCCGAGAAGGGAGCAAUUCAGAAAUAGCUAGCUACUUACUUAGAUCAAUAAUGAACACCAACAUGGAUUCAAAGAAAUCUAACAAGAUCAGAGAUAUUGUCAGGCUUCAACAGAUUCUCAAGAAGUGGAGAAAGAUUGCUAACUCCUCCUCCUCAUCAUCAAAAGCAAUCUCCAACAGCAACCACAACAUGAGCAGCAGCAGCAGCAAGAGCAUCAAGUUUCUGAAGAGGACACUUUCUCUGUCGGACAAAACCGCCUCCUCCUCACUUGAGGCCUCAAGCAUUGCUGCUGUCCCCAAAGGCUACCUUGCUGUUUGUGUUGGGGAGGAGCUCAAGAGAUUUGUCAUCCCAACGGACUACUUGGGUCGUCCUGCUUUUCACAUUCUGCUGAGAGAAGCUGAGGAGGAGUUUGGGUUUCACCAGACUGGUGUUCUGAGGAUUCCAUGUGAGGUUUCUGUGUUUGAAGAUAUUUUGAAGAUGGUGGAGGAAGACAGGGACACAUUGCUCUUCAAUCUGCAAGAAUGCAGGUUUAACAAAGAUGAUAUGAUGGGGUGCUGCUCAUCAUCAGAAGGCCAGCCUAACUUUUCUCACCACCCAGAAAGCCCAAUGUGCAGAUAGUUUUAUUUAUUUUUCAUAAUUUUCACUCCUGUAGAUCUCUCCUCUUUUAGCUGAGAGGAAGAAGAACUUUCAAGUUGUGUAAAUUAUCCUCUGAUGCAUUUUGUCAGGCAUCCAAUCCAACAUCUUAUUUUCUGAGGCA